AUGGCCCACAGGUUUGGCUCAAGUCGUUUAGAGAGGCGAAACAGUAUCGCGGACGACUCGGACCCAUGCGCGGGCGACGGCAACGGGCAGGGGCGCUACGGCCAGGGGGAAGUCGGCUGGUGCGGCUCGCUCUUUUCGCGCGCACCCAAGCGCGGCGGACCCGCGGGCCGCUUGCGCGGGUUCACAUGGGACCCGUGGCGGAAUGAUUCGGGGAGCGGCGGUGGCGGCGGAGGCGGAGGCGGAAGUAGUGGCUGGGGAUGGGGAAGCGGAGGCGAUGGCAACAUGUCACCGCGCUCUCCGCGCACUCCCCGCACUCCGCGCUCCCCGCGCGCGCCGAUAACCCCUCGCAGACGCCGGCACGAUGGCAGUUACCGACCCGGCACGCCGUCCCAUCGUCCUGGCUCUCCUUAUAAGAACGCGCCGCCAUAUUUCCUCGGCGGGCAACCCCUCGCCUCCGUGGCCGCUUCUGGGUCAUACGAUCCUGCUAACGGGGGAUCGCUUCCCGACGGAAACAGCGGCGGGUUUUGGGGAGGUGGUCCGGCGCUGAGCGCGUCCCGGCGAGCGGGGCGGCAGCAGGGAGGCGGCAGAGACGGCGGCAAGGGCGGGGCAGGGGGUUUCCUGGUGAUGAGCGAUUGGCUGACGUGUUCGUUACAGUCCCUGCUACAAUCGCGUAUGGAGCAGCUGCAUGCGUCGGAACAGGUGAGCCGGCGGCAGCUGAUGGCGGAAACUGCGGAGAUGGUUCUCAAUGUGCUCGACGCGCGUUCCUCAGACGAUGCGCUCGCGCAUCGCUCCGAAGUCUCCGCGCUGCGCCGCCUCCAACGGGAGUCGUUCAGCGACCUAUUGCACCUUCGCGACCGGCUCACGCGGCUCGAGCUCCUCGCGGACGAGUUCUCCCUCGGCCAGCACCGCGUCGCGCCCGCCGCGUUCCUCGCCGCAAACUCCGGCCGCACCGAGGUCUCGGGCCGCAUCACCAUCGGGUCCGCGCUCGUCCCAACAGGCGGCCUCCGCUCGCACCGCUCCCGAGCCGCGAUGGAAGCGGCGGGACUGCGCUCCGGCGUGCAGAUGGCUUUAAAUCUCGCGUCCCUCUGCCGGUCGUCGGACCGCCUUAGUACCGUUCUAGGAGUCGGGCCGCCGGACCCGCUAGGCCCGGCAUUAGCGCUAGGCGGCCCGGUGGUGCUGCAGAAGGCGGUGUAUCGGGCGCAGGUGGCGGAAGGGUUGGCGGUGACCGCCGCGCCGAUGGGCGCAAGCGGAGCGGACCUGGUGGGGGAAGGCUCCGUGGGGGCGGGAGUGCGCGGAGAUAGUGCAUCGGCUCAGCAGCCACGUGGCCUCACCACGUUUAGCAGCGGCACGAUCCCGCUCCUCCAAUCCAUCCGCGGGUCAGCCCUCGCGGUAACCGUCGACACGCCCGUCCCCGCGCUUUCCCCCUUCCUGCCCGCGGUCUCCCGCGCUCUUUCCGCCAUUCCGCGCGCGCUUCCUCCAUCCAUCGCCCGCGCCCUGGGCCUCCGCUCCUCGCGCCAAUCCCCGUACACCCCCCUCCGCCCCUCCUCCUCCCGCUCCGCUUCCGCGGAUCCGCCCGCGCUGUCGUUUACUGCGGGAAAGCUAGUCGCGGGGUGGGGGGUUCCGCUGGAAGAUCCUUCCGCGCUCGCCGCCGCCGCGGCGGAUACUGCGCUCUGCACCUCCGCCAUGGGGCAUCUUGCGCUCCGCUUUUCCCCCACUCUGCGCGUUUCCGCCGCCGCCGCGUCGCACUCGUGGCCCGCGCCGCCCGCGCCGUCCUUCCCCGGACUGCACUGGUCAGAAAUGGGUCCCCUGGUGGUGGCGGAAGCGGGGUCGACAACAGAAGGGGGAGCGAUGGGCGGAAGAUUCGGGGGAAGCGGUUUGGGCGCGGAGUCCCCGCGGAGUUGCGCCAGUGGGGGAGUGGAUAGAAUAGUAGUGGAAAGUAUGAGGGCCGGGGGCGGGGGUGGAAGCGGAGGUAUGGGUGGUAUAGGGGGAAGCGGGAACGUGCUGGAGGGCGCAGGUGACAGUAUUGAUGCCACGAGCGCAUGGCUGAUGGACAUGGGUGACUAUAACGAGAGCAGACCAGAGUCUUUUGGCGUGGCGCUGGCUUUUGAGAAGGAGCUUCAAGGGGGAACAACUGUUUCCGCGUGGGCGCAGCGGUCUAGGUGGGCGGGGGAGUAUGGGGGCGGAGUGGCGGCAGGGGGAGGUGGAAGGGGGGGAGAGGAGGCGGAAGAGGGAUUUCUGGGGAGACUGGGCGCGGAUUGGCAGUGGGCGGUGGCGGUAACGGGAAGAGCAGCAGGGGAAGAGGAGGGGGAGAGAGUACGGAAAAAGGAGAGAGGAGGGGGGGGGGGGAGGAGGGGAAGGAGGAAGAGGGGUGAGAGCGGCGAGGGUAGUUGGGUACAGGGGGGAGUGGGGAAGGGGGGCGGGGCGCGGAGGCUGUGGCAGGGGGAGGGGAGUGUUGUGGUGGACUGUGGAGGCGGAGUGGUGCUGGAGCCGGGGGUGGUGAUUGCAGGGAAUGGGGAGCUGGGCGUGCACACUGCCUUCAUGCUGCGAACCACACUCAACAUCUAG